UACAUAUUAACCUGUUGGACUGACCUCAGAUCAACAGAAGCCGUCGGUUAAAGUAGACACGAAGAGGCUCUGAAGCCUUAACAGGCUUUAAAAAUGGGGCUUUUUCUAGUUUUGUGCUCGGUGUUUCUGCUAGGUGCUGCUGUACCUGCCUGGAGCGAAAAACACUCUCUGUACUACAUAUAUACAGCUUUAUCCAAACCUGUUGAGCUGCCGGGCAUCUAUCAGUUCACUGCUAUGGGUCUGCUAGAUGACAGAGAGAUCGACUAUUACAACAGUGAAGGACAGAAAAAGAUUCCCAAACAGGACUGGAUGAGGGAGAAAAUGCAGGAGGAUUACUGGGAGAAAGGCACCCAGUCCAGAAAGAGCAAAGAACAGUGGUUUAAUGUGAACGUCGACAUUCUGAUGAAACGCAUGAGACACAAUGAGUCAGAUGUUCAUGUUCUUCAGUGGAGACAUGGUUGUGAAAUUGAGAAACAGGGAGAUGAAGUGAGGUUUUCCAGAGGCAUUGAUGAGUACAGCUAUGAUGGGGCUAACUUCCUGUCUUUUGAUGAUAAGGAGUCUCAGUGGGUCGCUCCUGUUGAUGCAGCUCUUCCAACCAAGAGGAAGUGGGAUAAUGUGCCCAUCCUAAACCAGUACACCAAGGGCUACCUGGAGAAAGAGUGUGUGGACUGGCUUAACAAAUUCAGAGAAUAUGGAGAUGAGGAGAUCAAAAACGGCUCUCCUCCAGAAGUUGAUGUGUUUGCAAAAAGGUGCACCAGUGACAAAACCAAAGUCAAACUCUCCUGUUUUGCCACUGGCUUUUACCCCAAAGAUGUGAUAUUGAGCAUAAGGAAAUAUCGCUCAGCCCUGCCUGACGAGGAGAUUGUAUCUUCAGGAGUCAGACCAAACCAUGAUGGAACCUUCCAGCUGAAGAAGAGUGUGAUUAUCCAGGAGGAUGAAAAAGCAGAAUAUGAUUGUUUUGUGUUUCACAGAACCCUCAAAGAGCCAGUUGUCAUUAAAUGGGAUGGAAAAUGCCAGGACUGCACUCAAGGGAAUAUAAUGAGUUUGGUGAUUGGAAUAGUGAUUGGAGUCGUCACUGUGCUGGCAGUCAUCGCAUUGGUUUUCUUCUUAAAGAGGAAGAGAAACACUGCUGGACAAGAAAGUUCUAAUUCAAGUCCAGACAGCAGUACCACUAACUCUCAGGAGUCAGUGAACCUCAUGAUUGAGACCUCCACUGUUCAAAGCCAGCCUGCAGAAGGACAUUCACUUCUACAACAACAGUCUUCAGAGUGAAAGCAUUACUGAACGGCAGAUCUGUGGCAUUUGAUUUGGACAAUUCUGACAGUCCUGAAAAUCAUAAUAUUUUUGGAGACUGCUUGUAGUUAAAUAAAUUCUCUCGCAACUUUCAUAUAAUCUGGAAAUGUUUAAACACUGCUUGAGAAAAUUAUGUUUUCCAGAUUAAAUUAUUAUUGCUACUUCUAAAGGCCCAGGGUAGACACUUGUAUUCACUAUUUGACUAUUUGAUAUUUUCAAUACUAUCAUUAAAAAUAUUUGAUAGUUUCAAUACCAGUGAAAUGAUCUAAUUUACUAAUAAUUAUCUGGAAUACUCUAUAAAAAAGAGAUAUAUUAUUAUUUUAUUAUCUUGAAUGUCUUACUCUUCAAAAGUAGUUAAAAUUGUGAUUGUUUUACCUUAGCUGAUUAAUUUUGUUUUAAUGCACUUCAUUUACACCGGCAAUGAUCACUUAAAAUCAUUCUUCAUGAUACCAAAUGUAUCGGUGGUAUCAAUGAAUGCCUGCUGGUUUUGUGGGAUCUAUUUAUUCUUGGUACAGCCUUAUGUUUUGAUAUUUCUAUAAAUGUGUGCUAAUCUGAAUCUGUUGAAUACAUUCUGUUUUAUUUGUUAACAUUUUGAAAACUCCAAAUAAAAUCAAUUGGGAUUACUUGGGGGAAAGAA